UGCGCGUGCUCUGCGCGCCCGCUGCGGAGACUGUUCGCUACGCUGAUUCGCUUGCGGACGGCGGAAGUAAUGGUUUGAGUACACCUUUGAGGGGUAGUUGUGGGAAGUCGCUCUUUGCCCUAAGCUUUUGAAGGGAAGGCGUCUGUUGGGCUUUUCUAUGCGUCUUGAAGGAGGUAGUAAGUCUUCUAAGGGUGGAGUCCCGCAGUUAUCUCAUGCGUUGGAGGCAGAAAGGUGCCACUGUCCUCGUGGUGCAAAAAGUGGGUCCAGGUUCGCGGUUUUGAGUCUUAUUUGUUUUCUCAGUGCCUGGCCCUGCACUGGUAGUGGCUCCGACUUAAGAAUGGGCGGGAUCACUCCCGGGAGGAGGAAGCUCUGGGUCCGGUUCCAGCCUGUCCAGUUGGUGGUCGUCCAGGAAUCGGAGCUGGCCCGGAGCAGGAGCCAGUCUCAUUCCAGGAGGCGCCACCAGAGAAAGUCCACGCGCCACUUGUGGUCUUUACUCGCUGAGCCAGUUGAGAUGAGUCCCUGCAGUAGGUCCUGCUUUCGGGGAAGGUCGCAAUACAAAAAGGACUACGUGAUCGCCGGGGUCGGGCGGGGGACAGUACGACGCCUUUUAAUCUACGGUGUGUCUGAAAGAACACAGCAGUUGAAGAGUUCCAGGAAGAAGAGAUCGCAGAGCAGAACCCAUUUUGUAAAAAGGGUAGGUGGGUCGUUUGUUAAGAGAGACACAAAUUCGACUCUUUUUACGUAUGAAGCGACAGUACAUGAGUAAGCUAGGGAACCACGGUUGUAUUAUUUAAUUUAUUUGAUUUCCUUUGAUGCGUGAAAUCUGGGUAGUUUUGUUUUUGUGAGGGUUAUUAACUGAUUAGACGACCAGACUAUACGAUAAAAUCCAUACCUUUUUUUAAAUGGACAUCAUUCUUACCCCUCAAGAUUAGAGGAUAAUUGUGACUUAAAUGGCUCAGGAUGGAGAAAUCUAAUGCAGACAGUUCUUCGUAGAACCUUUUUAGUGUCUUAAUGACUUAACGUUAGUUUACCUGCUCUGAGCGGCAUUUAACAGAUCGGCUCAGCUUUUUGUAAGUUAACUAAUGACUGAGGAAUAGUAUUAACUUUCUCUUAUGUUUUCUGUCUCCACCCUUUUUUGCAUUUACUGGCAUUAGCAUGAUUAUCAGAUAUUUUGUAAACAGAAGUGAACAUCUUUAUAUGCUGUUCUAAUAAAGUGAAUGCUUAUUUUGUCA